AAACGGGUGCUGUCUUUCCCUCCAUACCCUGGAGACUACCUGCACCCAGUGGUCUAUGCCUGCACCGCCGUGAUGCUGCUCUGUCUGCUCGUGUCAAUCAUGACUUACGUUGUCCAUCACAGGGUGAUCCGGAUCAGUAGGAAGGGGUGGCACAUGCUGGUGAACUUCCUCUUUCACACUGCCGUAACGUUUGGGGUGUUUGCUGGAGGCAUCAACCAGAUUAAAUAUCCCGUCGUGUGUCAAGUGGUUGGUGUUGUCUUGCACUACUCCUCUCUUUCCACCAUGCUAUGGCUGGUUUUCACUGCCAGGAGUAUUUGCAGGGAGGUGUCCAAAGCCCCACCCCCUUCACAAGACAGGGGUGUGGCCCCUAAGCAACGCCCUAAAGCCACUAUUUUCAGGGUUUAUCUGGUCAGUGGUGGGGUUCCCCUGAUCAUCGUUGGGGUCACAGCAGCCUUCAGCAUGGAAAACUAUGGGAGUCAAGAUGACGCCCCUUAUUGCUGGAUGGCUUGGGAGCCCAGUCUGGGAGGAUUCUACAGCCCCACAGCGUUCUUGGUGUUGCUGAUGUGCAUGUACUUCCUGUGUACGUUUGUGCAGCUGAAACGUCACCCGGAGCGUAAGUACGAGCUGAAAGCCAUGACGGAAGAACAGCAACGACUGGCCGCUGCUGAAAUGGGUCACUGCCACUCAGGUGAACCGGGUGAAUCAGGCGAGAUGGCCCAUGCCAGAUGCUCCGCCCUCACUGCCUCCAUGCUGGCCAAUGAGCACUCCUUUAAAGCCCAGCUGAGGGCCACAGCCUUCACACUCUUCCUGUUCCUGGCCACCUGGGCGUUUGGAGCCCUGGCUGUGUCGCAGGGUCAUUUUCUGGACAUGAUUUUUAGCUGCCUGUACGGCGCGUUCUCCGUCACGCUGGGAUUAUUCCUCCUCAUCCAGCACUGUGCCAAGCGUGACGACGUGUGGCACCGCUGGUGGGCGUGCUGCCCGUCUCGGCCGAAGGUGGAGGUAAACGGAGACGCAGCGGGAAAUGCCGGCGAACUCGGACUCGCUCGGACUCACCCUCACGGCCAGGCGCAAGGGCACACGCAGAUCCGCUGCCACGCGGACUCGCCGUGCGCGGGCAAACCUCUCCUCUCCCCCCACCUCCACGCCCCGUCUACCCCGUGCUGCAAACUAGCCGCGCUACCAUCCGCCCAAAAUCACACCGGCUCCUGCUGUGCGACCCUUCACAGCCCGUCCCCGGUCUUGGGGAGUUCACCACGCCCGCAGUCCCUCCCAGAUGAGCUGCCCCGCCCCGCUCUGCCCCUUCAGAGCUGCCUGAAGGACAGGACUAAGUCUCGUUCUUUCAACAGGCCUCGCCCCUGCCUCAGAGACUACGCCUAUCACAUGACCUCCACCAGUAUGGACAGCAGCGUGCACAGUUCCCACCUGGACAGUCCUCACAGCACGCACCUGGACAACACACUCACCUGUCACACCUCACACCUGGGGAGUCAGCUGAGCUGCCACAACCCUCACCCAGACACCCAGCUGCGCUGUCCCAGUCCCAGCCCCCACCUGGACAGUCAGCUGACCUCACACAGCCUGCACGACGGCUUGAGCUGCCACUCCUCUCACCUGGACGGCCAGCUCUCCUGCCUGGAAGGACAUGCCUGCCUCAGACACACGUGCUGUGCCAAAGCAGAUCCGUUUUCCGGCAUCUGCUGCCCAAAACUCGACCCGUUUGCCAGCGUGUGCCAGGCAGAGGACGCUGAUACGGGCUCUCUCCUGUACGACAGAGCCAAAGCAGCCGAUCAAGAGGAAGAGGUUUUGCUGCACGUGGACGUGGCCCCGGCACGGGCGGCUCUGCCCUGCUCUCAGGCCACGCUCAGCAGGAGAGGAACGCUCAGCCGCAGGGGAACGCUGAGCCGGAAUGGCAGCCUGCAGGAGGACUUCCUGUUCAGCUCAGAUUCCACAGGAAACAUCAGGACUGGCCCCUGGAAGAAUGAAACUACAGUGUAA